AUGCCUCUCCUUACGCCGCCACCACCGAGCACGCCUGCUGAAUUGCUGCUAACCUGUACAGUGGGAGAGUUGCUCGCAUCCGAGAACAUAAAACCUGUCUAUUUGAGUGCUACUGCUACAGUAGAGGAAGGAUGUGAUUGCUUGACUGAAAGAAACGUCUCCAGUGUUCCGCUUUAUGACUCUGCUUCGGACUCAUUUAUUGGCUUGUUGGACUUCAGAGAUCUGGCGACCUAUGUACUGAAAAUCUUCCACAAAACGCCUACCGAGAACCGGUUCUCAGUAGAUGCAGAAAUGGGAUUACAUGAUGUUGUCAAGAUGGCUCAAAUUGACAAACAAGCUGUGCCCGUACACAUGAUUGCCAAUCUUUCAAAGCGAGACAGCUUGGUAUCGAUUGAUUCGUCAGCCUUGCUAUUGGACGCUUGCAAAUUGCUGGUUCAAGAGAAGGUGCACCGUCUUGUUGUGUUUUCAAACACUGUCACAAAAGGUCCUGAAAAGUUUGUCGGAGUCGUGUCAGAAUCGUCAAUCAACAAGUUCGUGGCCCAUGCCUUUGGCAAACUGGGAGGUGCCAAGAAAAUUCCAGGUGCUGUUUGGGACAAGGGAGAGAAACCUUUGGCUGAGCUGGGAUUGGUCAAGGGCAAUGUCGUCUCAAUUCAAAAGGAAGACUCUGUUUUGGAUGCUCUUGGUAUAAUGCACGACAAGGGAAUUUCAAGUGUGGCAAUCAUUGAAGGGGACGAUCAUCUCAUUGGAACCAUAUCAAUGACAGACAUACGUGAAAUUCUGAAAUCCCGACGUGACUGGAAGCAUUUGUAUGACCGCGUCUUCAACUUUUUCCAAUCAACAAUCAGUAAGGCUGGUUUGGAACGAGGUCAAGACAGAGUACCAAGUGUCGUCGUGCGAACUCAGACAUCUUUACUUAUGACAAUGGAAAGAAUGGCCGGAACCCACGUGCACCGACUCUGGAUUGUCGAAAAUGGUGACCGACUAUGUGGAAUACUUUCUUUGAGCGACAUUAUGCCUCAAUUGUUGUAG